GGCAAUUUCACCAACACAAUUACACCUACAAUAACACACUAGCCUGGAAACCGCAAAUAUGUCCCGUCCAGUCCUUUCGUCGGCCACACGCCGCCUACAACAAUCAACGACGCACUGCCAGCGCGUAUUCUCAACUACCCGGUUCUCCUCCGCAUUAUCCGAACCCAUUAUCCGAAGUUCGUCAAAUUACACUUCCAAUGCCAGUUCCCUACAUGUAUCGGCUCGUCCAAGCCAGUAUACUCUUCGCAAAGUGAACAUCUCUUCCUUCCGUGUGCCGCGAAACCGUGCAUUUUCAUCGUCGACAGUUCGUCCGUCUGCCAAGGUCGUGCAGAAUGCGAGGAAUGAUGAGGAGGGGAAACCGUUGAUGGUUGGAAUCUCGGAGAGGGCUGCGGAGCGCCUCCGUGAAAUAACAGACCCAACAACCUCCCCCACCCCCACAAAAGCCGAAAACCCCUACCACCACCUCCGCAUCACCGUAACCUCCGGCGGUUGCCAUGGCUUCCAAUAUAUGAUGUCGCUCGAAGCCCACUCCAAGAUCGACGCCGAAGAAGACACCGUUUUUGAAGCCGACGCUAGAUCUGGCCCCGAAGGCGGCAACGCACUGGUUGUUAUGGAUGAACCAUCGCUGGAACUGUUGUCGGGGAGUACAGUGGAUUAUACAACGGAGUUGAUUGGGAGUCAGUUUAAGAUUGUGGAUAACCCGCGAGCGUCGAGUAAUUGUGGGUGUGGGACGAGUUUUGAUGUUAGUCUUUGAUUGUGGUGGUCUAUUGAAGGCAGUUGGUUGUAUUUAUAUUAGUUUAGUGUACUCCGUAGGAUAGAAAUCUUUAUAUACCCCAUUCUACAUAACAGGUCAGG